UUUAUUAUUUAUAGGUGGAAUGAAGUGUGCGUUGUCCAAGGAGGUAAAAUAUGGGUUAGAGUUAUUGAAGCAUAAAAGACUUCAACGAAUAAAAUCAGAAUAUACCUCUGGGGUUUCUGAUGUCAUAAAUAUGAUGGCUAGAAGUGGAGGAGACGCUUUGAGAGUUUCAGCAUCAUGUGGAGUGAGGUUGCAAGGGAAUGCAGAGUCAUUUUCUAGGUCAAAUGGCGUUUCAUGUGAGAAGGAUGUCUUUUCUAAGCACAAGGUUGAUAAGUUUGACACUUGUGAUCUAGGAUGGACUGAGAAAAUUCCAGAUUGUCCUGUGUACUGCCCUACAAAGGAAGAGUUUGAAGAUCCUUUGGUCUAUUUGCAAAAGAUAGCUUCCGAGGCUUCGAGAUAUGGUAUAUGCAAGAUUGUUUCCCCUGUGGUUUCUACUGUUCCGGCUGGAGUUGUAUUGAUGAGGGAGAAAGUAGGAUUCAAGUUCACAACUAGAGUACAGCCAUUUCGUCUUGCUGAGUGGGAUACUGAUGAUAGAAUCACCUUUUUCAUGAGUGGAAUAAAUUAUACAUUUCGUGAUUUUGAGAGAAUGGCGAACAAGGUGUUUACUCGUAGAUAUUAUAGCGCUGGUUGUCUUUCUGCAACUUACUUGGAAAAAGAAUUUUGGCAUGAAAUUGCCUAUGGGAAGACAGAAAAUGUUGAAUAUGCUUGUGAUGUUGAGGGUAGUGCCUUUUCUUCUUCUCCCAGUGAUCCACUUGGAAGUAGCAAAUGGAAUUUAGAGCGGUUCUCACGGCUACCAAAGUCCACGUUGCGUCUUCUUGAAACAGCAAUCCCGGGAGUAACUGAUCCUAUGCUUUACAUAGGAAUGCUAUUUAGUAUGUUUGCCUGGCAUGUAGAAGAUCAUUAUUUGUAUAGCAUUAACUAUCAUCACUGUGGGGCUUCAAAAACUUGGUACGGCGUACCUGGUCAUGCUGCUUUAAAAUUUGAGAAGGUUGUCAAAGAAUAUGUGUACACUAAUGAUAUCCUAUCUGUGGAUGGCGAAGAUGGAGCUUUUGAUGCACUUUUGGGGAAAACAACGCUAUUUCCUCCAAGUAUUUUGUUGAAACAUGAUGUCCCUGUCUACAAGGCUGUGCAGAAGCCUGGAGAGUUCGUAAUUACUUUUCCAAGGGCAUAUCAUGCUGGAUUCAGUCAUGGUUUCAACUGUGGUGAGGCUGUAAACUUUGCUAUUGGUAAUUGGUUUCCUUUGGGGGCUGUAGCUAGUUUGCGUUAUGCACAUCUCAGCAGGGUUCCUCUCCUUCCUCAUGAGGAACUUCUCUGCAAAGAAGCUAUGCUUCUCUAUACAGGUUCAGAACUGGAAGAUUUGGAUUAUUCACCGGCAGAAUUGGCCUCUCAUCAUUGCAUCAAGAUUUCAUUCGUAAAGCUGAUGCGUUUCCUGCACCGGGCACGUUGGUCUGUCAUGAAAUCAAGGGCAUGCGCCAGUAUAUCGCCAAAUUAUUAUGGAACAAUCGUCUGCACUUUAUGCAAACGUGAUUGUUAUGUUGCUUUCAUUAACUGCAGCUGUUACGCUCAUCCUGUUUGCCUGCGACAUGAUAUCGAGUCACUAGACUUCCUCUGUGGGAGCUAUUAUGGUCUUUUCUUGAGGGAUGAUGUUGGAGAGAUGGAAGCUGCUGCCAAGAAGUUUGAGCAAGAUGAUGCCAUAUCAAAAGAAAUUGAGCAACAACCUGAAAAUGGUGAUGACUUGUAUUUUUAUCCAAUGUCAACUAAGUUACAGACUGAUGUAGAGGAUUUAUACUUCCCAUACUGUGAGAUUAAUGUUGCAUUGAGUCCUGCGAUUGCUGCAAUAAAUACAAAGGGUGAACCACUAGGACAUAUAUCUUCUAUGAACCACGACUCCGGAGAAAUUCGAACUGAGCUGACUGAUGCUUUCUCUUCUUUUGCCACAUCAACUCCUUGUACCAUUUUGGAGCAAAUUGGAUCCUUACCAAAAAAUCAGGUACAAAGGGUAGCUAACCAAGUAAGCGCUAUUGGUAAAAGAUUCCCAGAAAAAUUCUCAGAAAAUACACAUGAAUCGUCUGCUUCUUGUUUGUCUUGUGAAGAUCGUCCAAGUAUCCUUCUGGAUAAUGUUCAUAAACCAGUUAAUAGGUGUAUAAUGGACGAAGACAGUGAUAGUUCUGAUUCACCGAUAUUUAGGGUUAAACGGCCUUCCUUUUUGAAGUUUGAGAAAAGAUUUUUGAAUGACUCCAUGUCAUCAAAGAACUCAGAACAACAGGGGCUCAAACGAUUAAAGAAGCUCCAACAUGAAGGAAGAUGUGAGCAGGCAGUGCCGUCUGAAUCCGAAUGCUGUAGAAAUGACAAACCAAAUCGCAAUAUGAAUCACACUUCUAAUUGUAAAGAAGCUCUAAAUAUUGAUGUGAAAGACAGAUUUGGAAGAGACACCCUUCCCAUUCCUAUUUCUAUCAGGUAUAAGAAGCUGGAUGGUGAGGCAGAAAUGAGCAGGCAGCAAGAGCACUACCGAAACGAUGGGGUGCGGCAGGAGAUAGGAAAAAGCAAGAGGGAACCUCCUUCAGAGAUUGGUCCAAAGCGCCUUAAAGUGAGAGGCCCAGUUUAUCUAGGUUCAGAAAGCAGACUGGUUUGAAGUUAUAGAUGUGCAGAAACCGACGGUUUGGGACCCUGUAACUCCCAUUCCCUCUAAAUGGAGUUCUAACAACACUGAAAUUCCAGAUUGAUCAAUUCAGCCCAGGGAGCAGCAGCGGAAGAUUAACCAAGCUUAGGACAUUAAUAUUUUUAUUCUUAGUGCAGGCCUCCAAAACUGGGGCGAAUUGAACGUCGUUGUAGCGAUUCUUGCGUCUCUAACUCACGCAGGAGGUGUUUUCCGAGUAUGGCAGGAGAACCAACCUUACGAAAA